UACCCUAUUGGCCAAAUUUGGGGUUCCAGUUUAUCCCCUCCCGGAGACCCCGCCAAUGACAAGACGUUGGGCUAACCCAGGUCUAAAACCACAUGCAUACCUGUUGGGUAGACGGUACCCGAGAGCCGAGGUUUUCAGUUUUUGUGUCAACGGUUACCGCGGCGGUUGUGUACCCCGACCGUGUGAAAAUAAACUUAUACGUCUCAAUUUCGGGGCUUUAUUUCUUUUACAAUAAUAAUUACACCUUUCUUAUACGUAUUUUGAUAUUAUCAGGGAAUAUUAAUUACAUAUUUUUAAUAAUUCACUACAUAUCAACGAAAUCAUCCACAUAUGUAUCUACACAUAAAUACCAUAAAAAACUCUCACGGUCGAUAAAUGUCAAAGCUUGGCGAUGAUUCACAGGUCACGGGGUGCGAAAAUGAAAUCAGAAAAAAAAGUCAACGACUUGAAUUGCGUGCAGAAAAUAAUCUUGAAAGAAGAGCCAUGUGCAGAUUCUUGCAAGAUGAGUGAAAAUAGUUCCAGCGGUAACAACAUAGAAAGGUCUGAUGAAGAUUCCAAACACUGCGUCAGAGAAUCAUGCGGAAUUUCUGGAAACUCAAGUGGAGAUAAAAAAAUUAGAAAAAGCACAAACAGAACGAAUAAUCAACAAGUGUUGAUUCCAAAAAAAGAAGAAAACGGUGCUUUUCCUUGUAGUUGCCAAUUAUCCAGUGAACCCUCUGCGCCGAAGCCGGAUUCCAAUACGCUCGGGGGAUGGUAUGAUCGCGAUGGUUCUGAUAUAGGGGAAUCCCAAUUCAUGCAACAACAGAGUCGGAUAUUUGUUUUCUCUACGAUGAUGGCGAAUAAAAGUGCCGAAGCUGUUCUGCGAGGCCAGUUUUCAUCAAUUGUAGCUUACCACUGUGCACAAACGGGGACAAAACACUUUCUCGAGAAACAUCCAAGCAAGGGAAACAAGGCUGAACAACCUCCUGAAUGGCUUACUAACUUCAAUGCUCCUACGGACAGUCAAAAAAAUCAACAAACCUGCUCCAACAGCUUGACCCGCCAAACUCCAGAAUUGGCAGAUCAAAAUCUGAGUCGUUCACCGUUUCGGAACGAACAGUCUGCAACUAACUCUCGAAACUCGAACAGUGAAAAAUCCUUAGGUAAUACCAUAUAUGGUAAUACCGAAUCAUCGAUCGACGAUACCAUCAAUAAUGUAGUGAAUUCUCUGCCCAGUCCCCAUUCGGUCGGCGACAAUGUUUGCUCAAGUCCUAGCAGCUUGCAGCCUUCGUUGCACGGAGUCAAAGUACCCGACGAAAAUUUGACUCCGCAACAACGUCAGCAUCGAGAAGAGCAGUUGGCCACGAUACGAAAGAUGCAAAUUUUACUAUUUUCCGAUCGGAAGGAAGAGACCGAUGGAUCAGCCUUGGCCUCAGCGCAAAGCACUCAGCCGCAGCCAUUCGGACAUAGUGGCGAAAAUUCGUCAUCCGACAAUUCCCUGGAUGAGAUUGCGUCCAGUGUCGACUGGGACAAGAUUCAAAGCCAGCUUUUCGAGCCGAAGGCUAAGGUAGCGGCUGACAAUUUUACUGCAGUGACAUCGAAUGAUGGAAGUCUAACAGCCAGUUCAAGAGGUCAGGGCCCUCCGCCCCCUUACCAUCAAUCAACGAGACCAGCGAGCGUGCCUAUCACCUUGCAAAGUUCAAACCCAUCGUCCCCUAACAACCCAACCAGCACUUUAUCUCUCCCCUCACCUCGCGGCUACUCAGGUGUCAAUUCACCAGCCGAUUGCGGCAGGUAUAUUCCCUCCGUUAGCCAAAGGUCAGGAUUCUUACCAGCAGAGAGUCCGAUUACUCAGGAGCCCCCGAAUUCUGACGCUGGCAAUGCUCGCCCCACUAUUGGCAAACCUUUCAACUACAGUAACCCUGGAACACCGGCGUCUUACCCGCACCUUAUGGCAUUCAGUCCUGGUCCAACUUCGACGCAGGAAGACUCCAUCGACUUUUCAUCUGGCCAUUCACCGAGCGUGGAUGACAUACUCUGUCAGACUUUACAAUCGGUCAGUCAGGAACAGCGGGAGAAAGUUGGGUCUGCUGCGGGUACCAAGGAAGCAAAUCUGAUGCCAGUGCCAGUCCCCCAACAAAUACAAUACCUCAAUACGUUCCAGGACCAGGAGCUGAACAUACAAAAGCAGCCGAACACAAGCCUGAAAGAUACCAACUCGUCUUCUAACACCGGCAAAACCCGAAUGCUGUCAGAUACCGAUAGCAAUCAAUGCUCCACAAUCGGCAUGUCGGAGGUGGCGAGUCCUCUGACGGAGACGAGUGAUCGUGGAUUCGCCGGUCCACUCCUGAGCCCUCGGACUCCUCGUACUCCCACAAGUAACCCGGGGUACAGGGGCUUCGAAUCUUCGACCACCAUGCAGGCUGGCAAUGGGAAAAUGCCGAGCAGUCAGAACAGCCCAGUAACACCUUACGGCCAAAGUCUAAUUGACGGCAUGGGGCGGUCGAGGGCAGUACCGGAAUCUCCGAAGCCGCAGAACUCUUCUCCUUCCUCGAACAAAAGGCAGUCAAACGAGCCCAAAACCCCAUCGCAGUCGAGUGCUCCGGACUUUUCCGGCAGCGGUAGAGACCACAUGCACAUCAGAGGGGAGCACGAAAACCUUCCACUUAACCCGAACAUCGUCAAUGGCUGUCAGCUGAAUACUCCGGGGUCCGUAAGUACGGGCCAUUUCGACCCGAUCACAUCACUGGCUCAAAUGAGCCAGCUACUAGCAAACGGUACACCAAACAGCAAACCGGGCGAGAGGUGCUCCAGAAAGCCGGUCCGCAUGCCAACGCAGAAGCUCCCGCAGGGCUGCGCGAAUCCCAUGCAAAAUAUGAACGCCCCAUCGUCGGAAGAGGAGUAUGGGGAUUCCACCAAGUGCACCAACUGCAUACCAGCCGGAUAUAACCCGGCUCCUGCACCCAGGCCUGCAGGAAACUUGGGGAUUCCCAACAGAGCGCCGGGUGACCGUACGAUUGGAUAUGCCGCAAUGCGUCCGGCCUCGACUUGCCACGGGGAAUCCCGCGGCGUACCCAGAUUAGCAGAUCCCAGCAACACACGCACAAAUGUUCAUGUGAAACCCGGGGCUCCCAACACGAUCCAGUACCUACCGGCUGCGAAGCCAAAUCCUUGCCAAGGAGGCCCGAGGCCUCCACCGAGCCUCGACUUCCUCCAGGGAUUCGUGAACCCCCAGAAUCAGCGCUUCCUGCCCAGCAACCCACAAAAUUUGCAGAAUUUUUAUCCGAGGGUUGGGAGGCCUCAGAGGCCGACUGGCUUUCAGCCUGGAAACUACCGUCAAAUGCGACCACCCAUGCAUCAGGCACAGAACCUCGCGAUGCACGUGCGGCCUGCCGGUUUGUUUAGCGGAAGUCGGGUGGAUUUUGGCAACAAGCAAUUCGGCUGUGACGUUAUGCCGAAUCAGGCUAACCAGCCGCAGAUGUAUAAUGUGCCUGGGAACCCGGGUGUCGUCAUGCGGAUAAGGCCGCGGGGGCCUAGUCAUCCAAUACAUCCGAAUAUGGAGAUGGCUAGUGGCGGCUUUAAAGGCGGCCCGCUUAUCGCUGGCGCCGUUCCACCUACAUCAGACCCUAACUACGCCCAGCAGUAUCAUAACUUUCAACAACAGCUGUACGCCACUGGCACCAGGCCCACUAAUCCCCAUCAUCCCAACCUUCAUCAAGGAACAAGCUGUCCUUCCUUCCUGCCAGAACGGUGAUCACACUGCUGCUUGGUAGGUGAAAUUUUUUCUCCUUUGUCCAGUGAAAUUUCAUUUUAGAAAUCAUUCUCCCUAGCCCAUAAAAUGAGGCACUUUUUACGAUGAGAGACACGACGAACAAGAAUUUUUUGCAUGACUUGUAAAUAUUAAAGAGUACAAAUUCAGACGUUUAAUAAAAAUCUUGAAUA